AUGGAUAUCGCCCUGCGUGGCACAGCAUCAACGACUGGCACUGGCUCGGCCACAGGCACUGGUCUACAUCAUGCCGUCUCAUUGGGCAACAUUGGAGUCUCCACGAAGGCCACCUAUUCCAGCCACAUGGAUCGCAGCUACGACUCUGAGGAUGAACACACGGGUCGUCGACGUUUGCGUCAAACACACUCCACCGAAUUGCAGCCUCGCACCUCCGUCUAUUCGCGCGGGGACAUAAGAGAACAGUACUGCCUUACAGAUCGUCAGCUGCAUAGCAUUGAGCAGCGUCCGCGUCGGGAGCGUUUCUUUGGCUGCCUGUCGCGACGAGGCCAGACACAGACGAGCAGUUUUCUGGGCGGCUGUGUGGGUCGACGUGUGCCCUCCGACGAGAAUCUGGCCGCCUACGCGCCCUUCGAGAAGUAUCCUCGCUAUCAAAACAACUAUACGGACACACACGAAUUGGAUAGUUCCUAUUUUCGCCGGCAACCGGCAUCGAUUUUGAGCACCGGCAAGUCCAGUGAACCGGAUUUGGGUGGUCGGUACAGCUGGAUAGGUCAAUCGGCACAGAUGAACAACAACAGUGACUAUCAGACGGAAACAAGCUCGUAUCACUGCCCCACAUAUGCCACAAUGCCCAUGCCACAGCAGCAGCUGCAGCAACAGUCUGGCAACCCCAGAACGAAGCACGUAAGCUUCGCCCGAUCUCAUACUCUGACCAGCUUUGACACCGUCAAUGCGGGCUUUCGCUCGUCGGAUCGCUUGAAAAGCGCACGCAGUCAGGAGCGUCUGAUUGGUGGCAAGAAACCCAUCAUUGCAACGGGCUCCAUGUAUGAGACUCUGCAGCCCAUGCUGCCCCAUCAACAGCAACCACAGCAACAACAACAACUUCAACAACAGCAGAGCUCCACGCUACCGAAGACCUGGCUACCAGCUCCAGUUCAGCUGCAGCCAUGUCAGCAUCACCAUGCUCCCAUUCACCUGCAUCAGCAGCUACCAGGUAAGCCUGACAACAUGGUGAGCUUGAUUAUACCGCAGCCGCUGCCUGUGGCUCUGCCGCCGCCUAGUCCCGAGGUGCUCAUUAUUGAGAAGAAGUUCCGCAGUGCAAUGAAGACGCAGGCAACCCAAACGGAGGUGGCGGCUCGUCGCGAGGGCCUUUCCAAUACGCAGCUGCUGGCCAUGAGUCCACAUGCUCCUCAUCGCGUCAAGGUCAUGUCACAGGGCGCCCAGACGAACGGCCUGCAGAAUGGCAAAAAGCUAACGAAGAGUCUGUCGGAGAUACCCAAUGGCAAGGAUCUGAUGCAUCAGCAUUACCAGGGUUCGGCUUAUCCCCACGACUUGAUUUAUCGCACCCAAUCACAAGAUGUGGUCCCACUGCAAACACUGUCCGAUGCACAAAACAACAUCAUGUACUAUACGCCGCCACCGCCGCUGCUGGACGCGCACAGCUACGGUCUCGGCAUGGAGCAUCUGAGUCGGGGCCGGGGCGAGCAGAAUGUGGAGUACGUAAAUGUGAAUGCAGCUGCGCUGGCGCUGAACGAGAGCUUCGACUACGAGAGCAACAGCUUGCCACGACGGGCAUGCACUUCGCACGCCCGCACCGAGACGGAUUACUUCUCGAACAGCUUGCCCCGGCGCCCGGAUGCACUGCACAGCCACGAUGUGUGCAAGCACAUCACGGAGUGCGCCGAGCUGAUGACGGACAGUGUUCCCCUGGAUUUCACGCGACCUCAUUUGCUGCCGCCGCCCAGCGAAUACUGCAAGAACGAUGAUGAUCCUGUUGAGGAUUACUUCGAGGACGAGGAGGAGGAGGAAGAGGAUGUGCGAGCACACGAAACGGAGAGCUACAGCUCAGAGGUGUGCAUGGAGCAGGUCGUGGCGGCAGCGCAGAAUCGUCGCAUGUCCAUGUUACCAAUGGACGACUCACCCUUCAGGCGGGACGAUAUCCGCCGACAGUCUAUGCCGAUCUAUGGGCAAACAGAGAAGCUGAUCGAUGGCUUUGGGCCACGCAGCUCGUUUCGGCAUCGCGACAAAGUCAGUUGCUUUGCGAAGGAGCCGUCGCCGCGGGACGAACAGGAGAUCUUCAUAGACUUCAAGCCACACGUCUCGCCCAAGCCCAGUCCCAAGCAGCAAGUGAAGCAUCGCAAGCAGCACAAGGCGGAGAUAGCCAUGCGCAAGAUGCAGCAGCAGCGGCUGGCACAGGCGGCCGCCCUAACACUGCCCAAGUUGAAGCAGCCAGUCGAGGUUGAGGCUAGAAAAGUUGAGCUUGAGCCCAGCGACGAGGAGGACGAUGAAGAGGAGGAGGAGGAUGAUGAUGCCAUUGAACGGGCACAGCAGGAGCACGAGCCCGACUCGGAGCAGCCGCAAGCGGACGACGAUGAACCAAUCUAUGAGAAUAUUACUCCCUGCGCCUGUAAGCUGGAGCCAGCGCCCACCGAACUGGUGGACAAACGGACGCAGUUCCGGAAGCGUUCGGUUAGCCUGGAUGAUGACUAUGCCGCCGUGACGGCCACCGCCUGUUCGGCGCCCAGCUUGCGUCUGCCCUCCACGCCGGCCAGUCCCUGUCGCGAUGAGCUGCUGCUGGCCAAUGUCUCAACUUAUCCAUCCUCAGACUCGCUGGCCAACGACACCACCCGCGAUCACUCCGACGGCAUCUGGAAUGAGUCUCAGGUGACCGUGCUGACGGUCGAACAGAGGGACAUAUCCGAUGGCUCCUACAGUUCCAAUAUGUUGCUCACGCCCUCGUCCAAGCGCAAGAAUCUGCUGCUGCAGCAUCAGCAGCGCAGUUCAGUGGACACAGAUGCUCUGGACCUUGAGGAAUUGAGUCCCACCUAUGGCCUCCAAACACUGCCGAAGAUUAUAAGGACACCCACGCCCACAACAUCAAAGCCGGCGACGGCGUCCACCCAACCGAUCCAAACGCCCGCCAUAGCCGUCACGCCCUCAAGCAAUCAGCUGCCGGAUUCGGUUAGCUCUCCUCUGCCCAAGCGCAGCAUGGCAUCCCGAAGCUCUAUGCCAGAUGCCCGCCAGCUGAUGUAUGUGUCUGGCGUGCCCAAACAGCGCCACUCGGACGCCUCGUUUAUGCCCUCCGGCACGGAUUAUGCGCGUAGCGCCGACAUUUCCGAAUGCAGCACAAACACAGAUGAGUAUGCGACCUGCACGGAUACCUCGAAGCGUACACCAGGUAUUAAGACACCGCCGACCACGACUAGCUCAUCGUCGACUACACAAGUGCCAGUAUCCACGCAGAGCUCACAGCUAGAGAAGACCCAUGCGGGCAGCUCCUUCGAAAGCGCCAGUUCGCUUUACUCCAUGCGCGAGGAGCUGCUGCAGCAUGACGAGAAGCCGCCCGCAAAAGGUGCACAGCUAAAAUCCCCAAUGGGUUCGGCGGCUGAGCUGACCAGGAAAUCGCCCUCGCACUCCAUAAGCAGCACCACUUCAUCGGGCAGCUGUCCGGUCUCGGGCCAAGCCAUCAAAUCACCCGCCAAGGAGUGUGAGCCCCAGACAGUUGGCAGCGCCGCCAGUGGCCAGAUGAAGGUCAGCAUUGCUGAGACGGCGGCGCCGAAGCCCAAGCCGGAAUCCAUAUCGGAGGACGAGCGCAGCGAGCUGCGUUACUCCUCCUCCGGCUACUAUGAGAGUCCGCAUGAUGAGGACGACGAGGAGCAGGUGCCGCCCAGCUGCAAGUCGCGUCGCCAGCGGCAGGAGGACGAGCGCAAGCGACGCAAAACCUGCAUGAAGCUGGACAUCGAGAAAGAGAACAUGCGCGCCCUCACCAGUCCCAUCAAGAAGCCCAGCGGCGCCGCCAAGCAGCAGUCGCCGGAGCAGCACAGCGCUGGCAUUCUCGAGGGCGGCAGUCCCAGCAAGAUGAAACGUUUCCGUCCCAAGAUACGGCGACAGCUGCGCAAGAGCUCCAGGGAGGAUGUGCUUGCUGCGGCUGCCGCUAGACGCACGCGUGCAACGCCCACCAUUUAUGGCUUGAGCAGCGUCAGCGGCGAUACAGAGUUGCUUCUGGAUGCCAGCAUGACCAGCACCAUGGGACCCAGAUCCACCUCCGCAGCAAUAGCUGCAGCAGCAACAACAGAUACUGCGGUGGCCACAACGACAACCACAUCGGCCUCCUCCACGGGCACUGCCACACUGCAGGAUCAGGCGGCGCCACCGCCCACUGUGAGAAAGCCACAUAGCUGCGCCACGCCCACAGCGCUACUAUCGCCCAAGCUGCCCGCUGCCGUGCCCGUGCCGGUCACCAAAUCCGCAUCCGAGGCUGGCCAGCUAAAGGCAAAGUCCAUUGAAUCACUACGCUCCGUGUCGCCCGGCUCGGACUCGGUCUUCUACAGCGAGGCCGAUGGCAAUGCGGCCAGCACGGAGCAGGGACACUGCCUGCACUGCGGCAAGGAUAUGGAGGGCAAGCAACACAACAACACUGUUAGCGAACUGGCCGGCGACUCCGUUGAGUCCAUACCCUACAUCGAACAGGAAGCGGACAUUGUGAAGCCGCCCUCCGAUUUCGCUGACUCGCCGGUGACCACGAAGACCACCCAGCGGCUGUACAAGAAAAUGGACAAACGCUUUCGGUCCGAGGAGCGAUACCAUGGCGAACGGGGCAGACACUACAAGACCAGGCAGGAGAACAUACGCGCCAAGAGCGAGGAACGUGGCCGCGCGCCUAGUCUACCCAAUACACCCAUACUGCGACCCGCCGGCUCCAGUCCCUGCGUACUGCCCGAUAUCAACACGGAGCAGAGUCAGCAUAUCAUCUAUAAAGGUCACUACGAUGCGGGUCGCUACACGCGCCUAACCGACGAUGAUCUUUGGACGCAACUGGAUCACCAGUGCUUCGAUCGUUCCCGUGAGCGUCGCGCCUCCACCGAGUCGGAGAAGGGCUUUCAUGCCAAGUAUCAGGUGAUCUUGCAUCGUCUGGUUCAGCGUCGCUGCACACUCGAAAUGUAUCAUCGACAGAAGCACAACAACUUCCGCGUGGACAAGACGGUGGUGGUGAAGAGCGAUUCGGGGGAGUUUGGCUUUCGCAUACACGGCUCCAAGCCGGUGGUGGUGGCCGCCAUUGAGCCCGACACGCCGGCGGAGAGCUCCGGCCUGGAAGUUGGCGACAUUAUCAUAUCGGUGAAUGGCGUCCAAGUGCUGGACAAGCAUCACACGGAGGUGGUCAAGAUAGCGCACGAUGGCUGUGAAAAGCUGGAGCUGCAAGUUGCCCGCACAAUUGGCGUGCUCAUGCACGAGCAGCUGGAGCCGCCCAGCCAGCCCAUCUUCAGCGGCUACCUGUGGCGUCAGAGCGGUCAAGCUAAAGGUGCUCCCAAUACCAAGAAGUGGGUGCGACGCUGGUUCUCGCUGCGGCCAGACAACUGUCUGUACUACUACAAAACGGAAGAUGAUUCUCAGCCCGUGGGUGCCAUGAUAAUGGCCAAACAUACUGUGGACUUGUGCCCCCUCGAUAUAGGCAAGCCUCAUGCCUUCAAAGUGGACUCCGGCGAGGGCAUACCCAUGUAUGUGGCCGCUGACUCCGAGGAAUUGGCCAACAGAUGGUUGAAUUUGCUGCGCCAAGCGGCCACACAGGAUAAUCAGUGGCUGGACAAAAGUGCCCGCUGUCUGUACCAGAGCCCCGGCAACAUUGUGCGACCCGAUUGCUUUGGGCAUUUGCUCAAAUUGGGCUCAAGGUGGUGCGGCUGGUCGAAACGCUAUUGUGUACUUAAGGAUGCCUGCCUCUAUUUUUAUCAAGAUUCAAAUAGCAAAAGUGCAUUCGGCAUGGCCUGUUUGCACGGCUACAAAGUGGCCUCGAUGUCCACCAAUGCGUCCGGCAAGAAGAACUCAUUCGAGAUAAUACCACCAGAGGCGAAAUUGCGUCAUUAUUAUUUUUGCACCGAAAGCGAAAUGGAUAAAAAGCGUUGGAUAUCCGCACUGGAGUAUUCCAUAGAUCGGUGGAUCAAGUCCGGGUAACUAAGGUUAAAAACACGCUCCAGAUCGGCGCUCAGUAGCCGACGCAAGCGUCGUAGCUUUAGCUACUUUAUGGAUUAGUUAACGUCUGGAAUUCAUAUAUUUGGGACAUUAGUACGGGUACUAGGUACUACCAACUAGCUCUUAAGCAAAAACGACAGCAACAACAGCAACAAACACAAAUUAUAUAGAAAAUAGUCCAGAGUUUUUUAUAGCUACUAAGACAAGGAAUUCGGGCAGUCAAUCGUCGAAUCGGGGGCUUAAAACUAUUUUGCAAUAUACCAUAGAGAAUUUUGGUGUGUAUUCUUGUUAUAUAAUUAUUAUAGCUUAUGUUUAGUGAGGUUGUCUUGUUAUACACACAUUCACACACACACACACAUACACACACACAUGCACAUACACACCAUAUAUACAUGCAUAAUAUAGCGUAUAGUACUUAUAUAUAUAGACGUAUAGCAGACCAACAUAUUGUCUAAAGUGUGUUUGAGUUGAAAACAAAAUUCAUUAGGCUUAAUCGAUUGAGAGAUAAUUAGGUAUUCAAAGGCUCAACCACAUGGCAAUUGAUAUCCAUGUUAGACGGGUAUCUAAACAGUGAGAUAAUAUUUACAAGAUUGCAGAUUAAACUUUUGGGGAGGAAACAAAAAACUACUCAUGACCAAUUUCACAGGCAUCAAGCAGAUAAUAGUAAAGUUAUCAUGAAAGGCGUACUACUUAGAUAUAUUUGGGCUGUAUUGGAAAGGUUUAAUAUUCGAAUACAAAAUUAAUGUGCAUGUUAUAUGAGAAACACGGUUUUCGUCCCUACAACAAUAUGAGGAAAUAGAAGAAACAACAACAAGAUGGCUUAUUAGUUAGACACAAUUAUUAUUGAUAUGUAUAGCUUUUUUAAAAACUUUAAAAUCGGGAAAGAAAGUGAAUCACAUUGUAGCUAAGCUUAGUUUUUUGAUAGGUUGAGUUUUUUGGGAUUGCCAUUUAGUUUUCGCGUAAGUCGAUCGAUCGAUCGAUCGAUCUAUCCGAGUGACAAGAGAGACACAAUAAUAAUAUGGCAAAUACUUUAUGAGUACAUUGAAUACUUCACAAUCCAGUAGUUACUUUGUCAUAUAUGGGAUAUAUGAUCUUUAAAAAUGCUGAUUUCCCUUCUUUUGUGGAUCAGUGUGUGCAUAUUGAGUGCAAUUUAUUUUGUUAGUGUUACACACACACACACACACACACACACACGCACACGCGUAAAUAUAUUUUAUAUAUUUUAAAUAGAGAUAUCCAAUUAUUGAGUGUGUGCUGAUUCAUUUAGAUAAUACUUUAUUAUAUAUACAUGACAGCGUGACAGCCAUUUUUAUGUUAUGUGGAAAA